AUGUUCCAGAAGGAGUAUGCAAUCCUUAAGCAACUCCUUUACAAAUCCAAAAAUGCGCACCAUUCCACACUAUACUAUCGAAAACUUGUCCAUGUUUAUCGGUUGAGCCGUAGUUUAAUUGAGAAGUCCAAGGCCCAACUCAACCAUACUCCUCAAUUCCACGAGCAAGCCAAGAAACUACAAGACGAGCUCACUGCCGCCUACAUUGCAGUCAGUAGCAAUCUAGGACUAGGCCACUACUUAGGAUUUACAAUUGUAACUUUAUCCAUCUUAGCCAAACUCUUUACUGCAUCUUUUAGUCUACUCAGCCCAUCUAACCCAAACACAAGCACAUCUAAAUCUCAAGUAGUUACUCUACCCGACUCUGAUUCUGACGAAAUAAGCGAUAUAUUUGGCUAA